GUAUUGUUUGAUUCGGACGGUUCUCGAGCCUAGUUCGGUCAACAUCACAGGUCGCCUCAACAGACUCCCCCGAUCGGAUUAAUUGCCUUGCGCACGGACCCCCGGACACGGAUCAGCCAACCCUUCUGACAACACGAAUUAUGGACAACGGACAUAUUGAAGAGACUAAUAAUGUCGAAAUCGACCCAGCCACUGGCGGAGCUGUCAUGAGCUUCAGCUAUGCUUCAGAUUUCCCAACCCUUCCUGACGCUGCCCCUGCAUCUGCUCCAACCGCCAAACAGACUCACGUCUGGUCUCGCCCGACUCUCUCGAAAUCUGAAGUUAACAUCACUUUCCGUUUGGCCUCGGACGAGCGUUCCAACAAGGUGAAGAGCUUUGGAAGCACGUCAGAAGAAUCAAAGAAAGCCCAGGCUAUUGCCACUGCUACUAAGACCAGAAUUGAACUCAGUGAGUCAAAGGACGGAGAACUCACUGUCGUGGUGAAGGGAGAGCGCGCAAAGGCUGAAGAAGCUCGUGCUCGCAUCAUCCGCGAUCUCCAAACCCAGGCAUCUCGUGAAAUCGAUAUCCCAAAAGAUCAUCACGGACGUCUCAUUGGAAAGGAGGGAGCUCUUCUCAGAAAUCUCGAGGCAGAAACUAAUUGUAGAAUUCAAAUCCCAAAUCGCGAUGGACCAUCGUCGAAGAUCACUAUCACUGGACCACGCGAGGGAAUUCAACGUGCUGCUGCUCACAUUUUGGCCGUUUCUGAGCGCGAAGCCAAACUCGCCACAGAGCAUAUCGUCUGCCCAAAAAAUUUGGUUGCAUUUGUUCGUGGCCCAAAAAAUGAGACAUAUGAUCGCCUUACUCAAAACAAUGGUGUCAAAAUUAACAUUCCACCACCACACGUAACGAACGAAGUUAUUUCGGUAACCGGAGAAAAGGAUGGAGUUCUACGUGUUGCUGCUGAAAUUCGCCAGAUCAUCGAGUCGAAGAAAAAUGUUUCGAGCAUUCAAGUUGCAGUUGCUCGCACCCAACAUCGUUACAUUGUUGGACAAUCUCGAAGCGGAAUUCAUGAUGUUCUUCAGAAAACAGGAUGCGUUGUUGAAGUACCAGCAGAAGAUUCGGGAUCUGACCAAGUCACACUUAUCGGAAACGCUCAAGAUCUUGCCAAGGCUCUGGCUCUUGUCAUUGAGCGUGCUUCAUCUGUGGUCACCCAAUCUAUUUCUGCUCCAAACUGGCUCCACAAGCAUUUGAUCGGACCAAAAGGAGCAACUCUUACCGCUCUCGUGCCAAACCGCAAUAACGUGCAGAUCGAAUUUGAUAACUCUAACCAGAUUUUCCUCGAGGGAUCUCCAGAAGAAGUUAAGCUAGCUUUCGAGCCACUCAGCAAGGAAGUUGCUCGUCUUCAAAUGGAGCUCGCUAUCGAGAAAGUCAAAGUUCAUCCAACACUUCAUCGUCAUGUUAUUGGACGUGGUGGAUCACUCAUCUCAAAAAUCAAGGAUCAACAUGGUGUUCAGAUUACUAUCCCUAACGAGGAAACCAACUCUGACGAGAUUGUUGUUGAAGGAAAGAAGGAAGGUGUGAAGAAGGCUGUUACCGAAAUUCGGGCAAUUGUCACAAAGAUUGAGAACGAAAAGUCGCGUGAUAUCAUCAUUCCACAACGUCUCCACAAGCUUAUUAUUGGAUCGAAAGGCUCCGGAGUUCAAGUCAUUCGCGAUUCUCAUCCAAAUGUAUCGGUUGUGUUCCCUGAUGCCAAGUCGAAGUCUGACGUUGUUAACAUCCGUGGAGACAAGACUGAGGUUGAUGCUGUCUACAAGAAGCUCACCGCUCUUUCUAAGGAAUAUGCUGAGAACAACUACCAACAAACUGUUGCAAUCUUCAAAGAGUUUUUGAAGCAUAUUGUCGGAAAGGGAGGAGCCAGCAUUCGCAAGCUUCGUGACGAAACCGAGACCCGCAUUGAUCUCCCAGAGAGUGGAUCUGACGAUGGAAAAAUCACUGUCACUGGAAAGCAAGCCAAUGUGGAGAAAGCGGUCGCUCAGCUGAACAAAAUUCAAGAGGAACUCGCCAACGUUGCUGAAGAAAGUAUUGAAAUUCCACAGAAAGUCCAAUCUCGAUUCUUUGGAAAUGGACGUCGUUUGAUCUCGGACAUUGAGGACGAGUGCGGUGGAGUUCAUAUUCGUUUCCCAUCAGAGAAAAGCGAAUCAACCAAAGUUACCAUCCGUGGACCUGCUGGAGAUGUUGCAAAGGCUGUUGGACUUCUUUCUGCUCUUGCAAAGGACAAAGAAGAAAAUUAUGUUGAAGAUACCGUCAAGGCUAAGCCAGAGUUUCAUCGUUUCCUCAUUGGAAAAGGUGGAUCCAAGAUUGCCAAACUCCGUGACACCCUCAACGUCAGAGUUAUGUUCCCGAAGGAAGGAGAUGCUGAGAAGGAGACGAUCCAUUUGCUCGGAAAGAAAGAAGACGUGCCAAAGGCUAAGGCUGCUCUUGAAGACGCUAUCAAGCAACUUUCAGAGACUGUUGACAUCAAGAUUACUGUAGAUCCAAAAUACUACAAAAACUUCCUCGCCCGUGGAGCUGCACUCGUUAAGGAGAUCCAGGAACAGAACGGUGGAGUAGUCAUUUCAUUCCCAAAGAAUGGAACUGACAGCAGUGAAGUUUCUAUCCGUGGAUCGAAGCAAUGUGUUGAGGCUGCGAAGAACCGUAUUGAAGAUGUCGUUGAGGACUACGAGAAACAGAUCACAGACAAUGUCACCAUCCCAGCUCAGUUCCAUCGGGGACUUCUUGCCGGACGCGGAGCAAAGAUCCACGAGCUCCAGUCAAAGUACAAUGUCUCCAUUAGAUUCCCCAACAAUCGCGAGGAAGGCUCAGAAGGAUCCGAUCAAGUUACUGUGUCAGGCCGUGACACCAAAGUCGAGGAAGCCAAGGAGGCUCUUCUUGCCAUGGUUCCUAUCUCGAAAGUCAUUCAACUUCCAGUUGACAUGCACCGCUCGAUUAUUGGUCGUGGAGGAGAGACCGUUCGCAAGCUUAUGCAAGACUAUGAUGUCAACAUCUCUAUUCCAAAGGACAACUCCAGCGAGGAUAUCACCGUGACUGGUCAGACUGAAAAUGUCGAUCAAGCUCUUGAGGCUCUCCGUGGAAAACUUGGCGAAUACGAGGCUCAAGCCGAAGACCGCAAGCUCAAGCAAUGGUCAAUGUCCAUCAAUGUUCCAACUGAUUAUCAUCAGAAGAUUAUUGGACAACGUGGAGCCACCAUCACUGCUCUCAAGGAAAAGUACGGUGUUAUCAUCAAUGUACCACGAGAGGAUGGAAACGAAACGAUUACCAUUCAAGGAUACGAGGAGAAGGCUAACGAAUGCGCCGCUGCCAUCGAAGAGAUGAUUUCUGAGCUGAGAUCUAUGUUCACUCAAGAAAUUAGCCUUGAUGCCAGAUAUCAUCCACGUCUUAUUGGACAAAGAGGAAAGAACUUGAAAAAGGUCAUGGAAGACUAUCGUGUCGAAAUUCGUCUUCCACGUCAAGGAGCAGAAGAUCCAAACUUGGUUGUCGUUGCAGGAAAAGAUGAAAAUGACGUGUAUGAUUGUAUCGAUCAUUUGCGCGCUGAGGAAGAGGAGUUCUUGCUUGACAACGUCGAGAGAACCCAAUACAUGUCUCCACGCCAACAAGAGUCGAACAAUACCCGUCACCAUCAGCAACCAACGUCUGUCCAGAUGAAGGGAGCACCAUGGCAAUUGGAUUUGGGAAGCUCUGAGCAAUUCCCAGACAUGGGACCAGCAGCCGGAUCAUCUGCUGCCGUCGGAGGAGCCGGUGCUUGGGGAUCCUCUCGUCGUUGGUAAAGAACGUUCGAAUCUGGAUGAUUCAACCAACGUCAAUAACCAUAGUCACCUGCUUUCCUUCUUGUGAAUUCCUUAAAUCAGCCCCAUCACCCCUUAAAAAGUGUAUUUAUUAGUUUUUUCUUGUUGAUAUAAAUGCCCUCCCAUCUACUCUUUUUUGUUUAAUAUUUAUGUCCCCCAACGCGUUACCACCAACAAACUAUUGCGGAUAAUCUAAUCAGUCGAAUGUGCCUUUCCUCUCCACCCGUUCCAGUCUAGUAAUAAUUUAUUGUUCAUGGUUUUCCCCCACUCUUUUCGGGCUUUUAUCCUGUUAUCCCCACUCUACACGUUUUCGUUUGUUGCUCGUUUUCUUUCUUUUUUUUCCAACUUCUUUACUCGAUGUAAACUUCCCCCCAAAAGGUUUUAUCCGACCCCAAUCCAUCCGUUUUCACCACUUGACGUUGGUUUUAUCAUACAUAUUUUUUAUUAUAAUUUUCAUUAUAAUAAACUGAAUUGGUGUAA